CGUUGCCCCUGCUAUUCUGAUUGGAAGUUGAGUUCUACCCCCACAUCAGACCUGAAUGUUUGCUUGGUGAAUUACGCUUUUCCUGUACCUAGCCUCUCCACAUUUUUCACUCUUCGAAAAUAAACUAUGUUUGGUUAUCGUAAGUUCAACACCCCUGUUCUUCGUCCUAUGGCUCCUUUCAUCGCCGGUGGUGUCGUUGUUUUUUACUUGGUUGCAAAGGCUCAAUCUGCAAUGAUCAAUAGCGAUGAAUACAGAAACGAUCCCAGAAACCCUGCUUUGGCUGCCAACAAGAAGCACUAAAUCAGUUAUCAGCUAUCUCUUCUGUUGCGAUUUACAACUUGUACUGAAUACAUUAUAGCAAUAGCUUUUACACAAUUUAUAACCGUCUAACAGAGCUCUAGAAGAUAUCGACCAUAAUUAGUACUCAAAUACAAAAAUGUUUUCUUCGAUUAGUUUUGAGCGACAAACGCCUUUGGCAAUAAACAUGUUACAACUGCAAACCUUUAUUUGCAAAACUCUUUUCAAACAUUUCAUAGGAUUUGUUAUAAAUGGAUGGUGCCCAAUUUACGUUCCAUUUCAGACCCAGGAAAUACGACUGUUGUCGACACCUCUCGGAUUAUUGCGACUAAGUAACCAUAAGAAUGUAAAAUAAAAAUAAAAACAAUAUUAUAGUCAAUAGCGUAAAAUCGACGUAGAUUCCAAUCAGCUGUAACAGUUGAUUUACAUAAAUGAUCAAGAAAAUUCGAAAGAGUAUUAUAAAAUAGACG